AAGCUGCUCGAGCGGGAGGUCGGGAUCCUGAGGUCGCUGCAACACCCAAACAUCAUCCGGUACUACGACUCGUUUGUCGAGGACGCGUACCUCUACAUCGUGAUGGAGCUUGUGGACGGCUCUACGCUCCUGGACCACCUGAAUGCCAUCGACGAGCGGGGCGAUACGAUGCCCGAGACGCGGCUGUGGCACAUCUUUUGCCAGGUCUGCAUGGCGCUGCGCUAUUGCCACAAGGUCAAGCAAGUGGUUCACCGGGACCUGACGCCCUCGAACAUCAUGCUCGCGGACGGCAACACCGUCAAGCUCGCCGACUUUGGACUGGCGCGACAGCGGCUCGGAACCAACUCGGUGAUGGAGUCGGUCGUCGGAUCGGUCCUCUACCAGUGCCCCGAGCUCAUCCAGCACGAGGCCUACAGCGAAAAGGCCGACAUAUGGCGCCCAGCUAGUAGGUCGCUCGGGUGCAUCCUCUACCAGAUGGCUACCUUGAGGCCGCCGUUUGAGGGCGGCAACCCACUCGUGGUCGCGGCGCGCAUCGUCGAGGCCAACUACCCGCCUGUGCCAGACGGGCGGUCGCCGUUAUUGCUAUCGGCGGUUGGCGCAAUGCUCACUGCAGACCCGGCGCGCCGGCCCGACAUUGACGACGUC